GAAAUGUGUUUGUCAUUCUUGUUUGGUGUGGGUUAACAGUGUGGCGCAUAUUUGUAACAGUGUUAAAGUUGUUUAUACGUCUACCCUCAGUGUGACCUGUAUGGCUGUUGACCAAGUAUGAUUGCAUUCACUUGUGUGUGUGUGAAAUGCCGUAGAUAUUAUGUGACUGGGCCGGCACGCAAAGGCAGUGCCUUUAAGGUUUAUUGGCGCUCUGUACUUCUCCCUACGUCCGUGUACACAGCGGCGUUUUAAAAAGUCAUCCAUUUUAAUUUUUGAAACCGAUAUCGAUAAUUUCCGAUAUUACAUUUUAAAGCAUUUAUCAGCCGAUAAUAUCAGCAGUACGAUAUUAUCGGACAUCUCAAAUGUUAAAUUGAUAGUACAGUAGUACCUCAACUUACAAGCUCAACUAGUUCUGUGACAGAGCUCUUAACGCAAAACACUUGUACCUCAAAUCAACACCCCCCAUUCUCAAUUUAACUGGUGCUUGUCCACCCCCAAACAGCACAUUUUUAUUAUGCCUUUGAAAAAUACAUUUUUUUAGAUAAUAAAGAUUGUAUGAAACAACACAAUAAAAUGUACUACUAACAACUAUAGUUGUUUGAUGAAGUAAUGUUAUAUAAUUUACAGCAUUUACCUUGGAGAGUGGACUUCUAUGGUAUCCCCCUCCCAGCUGCUUUUCUGUCAAAAACACCAUCAGCAGCUUUUCCAUAUUUUAAUGGAUGAAUUAGAUAUUAUUUUAAUAUUAUUGGCUGGCAUUACUCAUUCUGCUUCAGUAUGGUGCAGACUAGCAGUCACUCAAAUUGCUUCACCAAGUUGGCGACACGCGCUUAUGUUUUUGAUGAUAUCUUUCUUUAAUUCUGUGAAUAUCAUCCACUUCUCCUCAGCACUUUUCUUCACAUUCACCUUUUUCCUCCCCUUAGUUGUUAAACAGAGCUAUGUCCAUCUCUUGCCUUGCGUUGUGGGCAAUUUUGCUUGCUUGAGAUAAGAGACACAACUCUUAUCUCAAAGCACCCUUAAGUUUUGGGACUCUUAAGUUGAGGUGUCACUGUAUAUUGUUUUUGUCCAUUUUUACUCCUGUAUUUAGUGGUUUAUUAUUAUUAUUUUGCUAAAAAGUUUAAUCUAUGUAUUAACUUUUUUAUUCUACAGUAUUCUAAUAAUUUUUAAACACUUUUUUUACUCCCUAUUAGAUGAUGGUAGGUAGUAUGUAAACUAGUGCUGUCAAACCAUUUAAAAAAAAUGUGAUUAAUCUGUGUAUGUACACGAUUAAUGCAUUAUUUUUGUGAUUAAUCACAUGAGUGAACUUUGACAACCCUGAUCAAAACACAGGAAGUGGACACAUGGACUGCUUCUUCCUACUCCUUUUUUCAGACAUGUUGAAUGAUGUAAGCGAGAUGUUCCUUAAUGGAACUUGGCUAAGCAUGUCUGAAAUAAAACAAAAGCAACAAUUCCAGUCUAACCCAGCAGCUCCUCUGGGAUUCACCCCUUCCAUCCGUCUACUGUGCCGUGCCACGCAAUCUAUGUAAAUGAGUGUAAAUUCAAUUUUACUGCCUCUUUACCCCUCCUCAACUUUUUUUUUCAUCCUCCCUUCCUAUGAAAUUAUCUUUUUGUUAGUCACAUAUCUUUCUUCUACGCCCAUUUAAUUUGAAACCUUUUUAAAAACACACACACACAUAAUUAGCAUUUAAAUCUUUCAGUCGCCCCUCCCUCCCUCCCUCGCUCGCUCGCUCUCUGGUGGACCCGACAUGUCUCGGUCGCUAAGGCAACCAAUGCUUUUUUUUUCUCUUCUCCUCCCUUCCUCUCCCCUCUUUUCCCCUCACUCUCUUUCUCAUUCCCUCUCUCCAGUUGCCAGAGGUAGGCAUGAAGAGUGAUACGUGUCGGACUGUGUGUGUGCGUGUGUGUGUUUGAGUGACAUUUUGCUUGGUAUUUACGCAGCAGUUGUAGAUGAGAAGUUGCCUGGCGCCGCUCAAAGUGUCAUUUGGACUUGGUGUUGGGCUGAUGAUGAUUUAUGAGCUGGCGUUGGAGGACCGGAGCGGAGUGUGUGAUGGAUGUGGACUUUUUUGUGUUGAGGUGUUGCGAGUGAUGCAUAAUUGAACGUUAAACUUCAACGGCCCGGGGGAGCGUGGACAUUUAGAGGAGAUUAGAGCUGGAAUUCUGCCAUCACUAUCCUUGUUAUCUGGCGAGCCGGACCCUCCCCCUUCGUCUUUCUCCCUCUCCUCUUCGUCUGUCUUAUCUUCCAGAGAUGAUCGGCGUGGUGGCGUCUCAGUGAACACGGCGAAGCGAUGGAGAGACGCUCCGUCUCUCCUGUCGCACGACUGACUGCCCUCGUCCUGGUCGCCCUGGCGACGCAGCCCUCCACCUGUAACCGUGACGACGGCGAGGGCGAGGAGCGGGUGGACGCCCUCUCCGUCCAGCUGUCCGUCACCACCCAGGUGACGCCCACCCCUCUCUGGGCGGUGGUGUGGGGACCCACGCAGCCUCUGGAGGACGAGACCUACCACUUCCUCUCCAGCCAGGAAACGGAGCACCUGCGCCAGCAAGGGGACCAGCGAGAGGCCGGCACUCCUGCGGCCGCCUCCGAGGAGUGGCCCCGACCUGAUGCCAGCACGCGGCCUCAAGAGGGGUCUUGGAGCCAAGAGGACGGGAGGACGCAGGCGGAGGGGACAGAGCUGGAGGAAGAAGUGGACCCUCAGUUCUACGUCACUGUGACCAUCUCCUCGCUGCUCAUCCUGACUGCAAUCAUCAUCACCGCCAAACUCUGUUACGAUCGCAGUUGUUCCCAGCAUCCGCCCCCGCUCUCUCGCGGCGUGGCCCCUCCCCUCUCCCGCGCGCUCCCGUGCUCCCUUGCUUCCGAGGAGAGCCGCCAGACGCUGCACAGCACCUCCUCCUUCGCCGACCGAGAGAGGAUCCCGGUGGUGAACCUCUGAGGCGGCUAUUUUUCCAUACGCUGAAUAUUUCUGCCGUUGGAGCGUCAACAUUUUUUUGCCUGCAGCAUCGUUUUUAUUUUCUCCAAAACUGUGAAAUGGGUUCAGGGACCAGAACGCACACUCCUCGGCUACCCCCGAGGUCUUUAAGAAGAAGAAGAAAAAAAAAAAACCUCAUCUCGCUGCCUCUUUCCUUCCCUCCCCGUGUGCUAAAUUUUCUCCGUGCGGCUCUGCGUCACCGUUACGGCCCCCCGAGCUGCGACUCCACCGCUUGGACCCGCCAUGACUAAUUGACAAACAAACAGUUUAACAGCCGUGCAGCAUUCCAUUGCAGGACACAGUCUCUCUACCUGUGCUUCCAGUCUCCUCUCAAACCCAAGAAAACCGUGCCCGGAUUCCUCGCCAUCAUGCAUCAGCAUCUCCAGAGGAGGAUUUUGACAAAGCUGUUUAUCGGGGCUGCAGCCAACAGGCAAUGUGUUUAACAUGUCACGCUCCAAAAAUGCUCCCCGCUUCAAGAAUGUUGGAUAAAAAAUGCUAAUUCUCCGCGGUUUUCCUCAUGAUUUGUUCCUUUAAUUACCCGGCACUCACCUCAUAGCGAGCAGCCUUUGUUCCCGCCUAGUGUUCCUUUCACCGUGCAGAUAAAAUAUUCAAGACGUGAAUGGAUAGCGGAGGAAUUUCUGCCAAGAAGCAACAAAACCCAAAGUUUGUGUUGUUUUUUUCCCUUCCUUCUUGUUAACAGUCAAGACAUUGUUGAAAACAAAAGCCGCCAUCAUCUGCCUUCUCAUCUAAUAACUCUACGUGGUCUGUCUGUCGCCGUGGCACCAAAGGAACGUUGGAAGGAGCGUUCAUGUCGCGUCUGCCAGAUUUGCUUCAAAUCUAUUAUUCAUAAAUGUCUAUUUUAUCUAUCAGCUCGUAACGUCCUAUAGAACCUCGCAAAGCCAAAUGUCAGAAGUUUGGUUUUCUCUGCAACUACUUCUUUGAAAUGACGCUUUAUGGACAAAAGUCUUGAGACAGAGCCCCCUAAUUCAUCUAGCUGAUGACGUUUUGGACCAUUCUGUGCUUCCGACAGGUUGGAGAUGGCACCUUUUCUGUUCCCAGCGCACAACAUAAUAACCCUUGGGAGGAACUACAAGUAGGGAUGGGUACCUUUUACAUUUCAACCGAUACGGUACCGAUUUUCAGCUACCUAGGACAGUGUUUUUCAACCUUUUUUGAGCCGAGGCACAUUUUUUUGCGUUGAAAAAAUGCGGAGGCACACCACCAGCAGAAAUCAUUAAAAAACAAAACUCAGGUGACAGUAAAAAGUCGUUGUCGCAAUUGUUGGAUAUGACUUUAAAGCAUAACCAAGCAUGCAUCAAUAUAGCUCUUGUCUCAAAGUAGGUGUACUGUCACCACCUGUCACAUCACGCCGUGACUUAUUUUGAGUUUUUUGCUGUUUUCCUGUGUGUAGUGUUUUAGUUCUUGUCUUGCGCUCCUAUUUUUGAGGCUUUUUCUCUUUAUUUGGUAUUUUCCUGUAGCAGUUUCAUGUCUUCCUUUGAGCGAUAUUUCCCGCAUCUACUUUGUUUUAGCAAUCAAGAAUAUUUCAGUUGUUUUUAAUCCUUCUUCGUGGGGACAUUGUUGAUUGUCAUGUGAUGUUCGGAUGUACUUUGUGGACGCCGUCUUUGCUCCACAGUAAGUCUUUGCUGUCGUCCAGCAUUCUGUUUUUGUUUACUUUGUAGCCAGUUCAGUUUUAGUUUUGUUCUGCAUAGCCUUCCCUAAGCUUCAAUGCCUUUUCUCAGGGGCACUCACCUUUUGUUUAUUUUUGGUUUAAGCAUUAAAUACCUAAUUACCUGCACGCUGCCUCCCGCUGUUUCCGACAUCUACAAGGCAAUUAGCUACCUGCUGCCACCUACUGAUAUGGAGGAGUAUUACACGGUUACUCUGCCGAGCUCUAGACAGCACCGACACUCAACAACAACACCGACUAUAAUUACUGGUUUGCAAAUUUUUUUUUUUACCCCAAAUAGGUGAAAUUAGACAAUCUCCCACGGCACACCAGACUGUAUCUCACUGUGGUUGAAAAACACUGACCUAGGAAACAAUACCAGUACUCAACGGUACCAUUUUUUUUUGUGCUUUUAGUGUGUGUUAAUAAAUGUUAAUUUGUUUAUUAAUAACAUUUCUUUUUUUCUUUUUAAUUGAACAUUUCACACUGAGCUGACAAUGAUAACUGUGUCAUCCAGUUGUUCUUAUAGUUUUCUUACAUUUCCCAUUUGCAAGGAUGCAUUCAUUUCAGCCUUUACCUUUAAGUUGAAUGUGAUAGUCUUGUCUCAUGUUGAGUCCUAAAGAAGUGUUUAUAAUGUAAGUAUUGUACUUUAUACACUUCAACUGAUUGCGACAUCUCAGUCGGGAGUUUUGAUGACCAAAUAUGGAAGUGUUGAAAUCGCAAUGUAAAAUCGCUAAUGCUAAUGGGUAGCAUGUACAUGACAUAUCCAGUGUAAAAUAGCAACGACAUAGCACAUUUUUUUAGUGGAGCAUUACUUUUGACCAAUUUCUAUCAGGCAUGCUUGCUUUGUGGAUAUAGAAAAUUGCAAUAUUAUUUAGAGGCUAUGAGUUACCAACGGAAUAAGAAAAGUACCGAAUUAAACUUACUUACUUAGGCCUUAGUAUUCCCUGAGGAACAUAGGCCGCCGACGAAAGCCUUCCAUCCAUUCCGGUCUUGUGCCCUUCGGUCGACCGAAUUAAAGGCCUACUGAAAUUUUUUUAUUUAAACGGGGAUAGCAGAUCCAUUCUAUGUGUCAUACUUGAUCAUUUCGCGAUAUUGCCAUAUUUUUGCUGAAAGGAUUUAGUAUAGAACAACGACGAUAAAGUUCGCAACUUUUGGUCGCUGAUAAAAAAAAGCCUUGCCUAUACCGGAAGUAGCGUGACGUCACAGGAGGAAGGAUUCCUCACAAUUCCCCGUUGUUUACAAUGGAGCGAGAGAGAUUUGGACCGAGAAAGCGACGAUUACCCCAUUAAUUUGAGCGAGGAUGAAAGAUUUGUGGAUGAGGAACGUUAGAGUGAAGGACUAGAGAGGCAGUGCAGGGUGUAUCUUUUUUCGCUCUGACCGUAACUUAGGUACAAGCUGGCUCAUUGGAUUCCACACACUCUCCUUUUUCUAUUGUGGAACACGGAUUUGUAUUUUAAACCACCUCGGAUACUAUAUCCUCUUGAAAAUGAGAGUCGAGAACGCGAAAUGGACAUUCACAGUGACUUUUAUCUCCACGACAAUACAUCGUUGACGCACUUUAGCUACGGAGCUAACGUGAUAGCAUCGGGCUAAUUUCCAGCUUGGCGAAGCUAAACAAUUGAAGCCAACUACAGAGCGGCGGCAGGCGUUGUAGCUUUCGACAACACCCCGGCCGCCAUCAGAGUCGGCAAGAAACAUAUAUAUCCCCAAAGUUACGUACGUGACAUGCACAUAGCGACACGCACGUACGGGCAAGCGAUCAAAUGUUUGGAAGCCAAAGCUGUACUCACGGUAGUGCGUCUUGUAUCCAGCUCAAACACAACACAACCUCCUGAUUGUGUUGCUGUAGUCCGCUGCUAAUACACCGAUCACACCUACAACUUUCUUAUUUGCAGUUUCCAUUGUCCAUUAAACAAAUUGCAAAAGAUUCACCAACACAGAUGUCCAGAAUACUGUGGAAUUGUUCGAUGAAAACAGAGCAGUUUGUAUGGUGACACAUUGGGUACGAAUACUUCCGUUGCCGUCGUGACGUCACGCGCAUACGUCAUCAUACAAAGACGUUUCCAACCGGAAGUUUAGCGGGAAAUUUAAAAUUGCACUUUAUAAGUUAACCCGGCCAUAUUGGCAUGUGUUGCAAUGUUAAGAUUUCAUCAUUGAUAUAUAAACUAUCAGACUGCGUGGUCGGUAGUAGUGGCUUUCAGUAGGCCUUUAAGUACCCAUCCUUAACUAUAACAGACUGUGUGAUAUCCAGGUCCAUUAUCAGUUACUUCACUAAUUACUGCUUAACCAGUAAUAACACAAAAUAACCUCACGUUUUAGCAAGUAUUUUCAUAACUUUUUAGGGACAAUAUUGUAGAAUGUAAACGUGGAUAUACUUUAGAGUAGUCGGUGUACAGCUUGUAGCUUUUAAUAGCCACUUGAAUUGAGGCAACACUAAAAUUGUCCGAAUAGCUGGCAACCCAAGUGAGUCACUAGAUGUCUUCCUGCAGUCGAGCAUGGUGGUGGCAGAGUCACUAAGUAGCUGUGGUUCGUUGAGGGGAAAGAUUAAAAUUCCAACAUGUGAAGCAGAGCAUGAUCUCAUCCCCUGGGAAAAGGCAGUACUCCAACAUGAUAAGGAGCUCAAACACACAUCCCAAGAUGUCAAGUGCCUUGCUGAGGAAUCUCCUCCACACCUAAACCUAACUGAGCACCUGUGGGGCAUCCUUCAGUGGAAAGAAGAAAGAUGGAGGAGCCACUGGUGAUGUCAACAAGUGAAAGAGGAUUCCAGUGACAUGUGAGUUCUGGUGAAUUCCAUGCCCAAGGUGAUUAAGGUAAUGCUAGAUACUAUAUAGUACUCACUUGUGUUGCCAUUCCCACAACAAGCCUGUGUAUUGAAUCCAUUUCAGUUUCUUAAUUUGCUCUUCAAGCUGCACACGGACUACUGUAAAGUAAAUUUAGGUUACUAUUUAUAGUAUUGUCCCUUUGAGAAGAUAUAAUGAGAUGGCUGUUGAAAUGUGAGGGAUGUACUCUCGUUUGUGAGAGUUUUUCCCCUCCCACAUACCCAAAAACAUCAGGUCUGCUUAAUACUCCAACAGUAGAACUUCAAUGGUUCUGCACAGCAAUUACUGGUUAAACUAACUUGAAAUUCCAAGGAAAGUUUUAGAACACUCGUAUAACUUAUUUCUAAAAAUGUUACUCAAAACUCUCCAAGUUUGAUUGGCAGAACGGAUCAACUGAAGAUCAGUGUCCCCCAGAUGCAAUCUAGUCUUGUCCCAAUACUUUUGUCCUUAGUGUUUGAACCUUUCUUGCGCUGGUGACAUCAUGUGUGACCCGUGCGACGUCCCAGAUAUUUAGUCCUGUGAUUUUGAGUAAAAACGAAAGCCUCGUAGGACAAAUAUGUUCUUUCUGUUCAAUAAAG